GAGUGCCACUUGCAAUUGUACGUCUUGGCCAAAAUCUAGCCACUCGAUUGGAUGCAACGUGCAAUUUUAAGUGGAGAGACAUCUUCUUGGCUCUCCCUGCAACAGAGACGGAUUACAUGUAAUGGAGCUGCACUUACAACUUCAUCUCCAUUUUAAUUCCCGUCCAUUUUCAAAACCCAUAAUCCUCCCUAAAUGCCCCUCUAUUUCCACAUUCUUUGCUCCAAUUCUCAAGGAGGGGCAGGAGAAACAAUCAAGAUUAUUAUCGGAUUUGUCAUUCUCCCGGAGAUUUGCGGUGGCGGAGGCCGCGGAGAUUACACUGGAGCAGCCUGGAGGGAAGAUGGUGGUGGAACUGGUGGGGGCCUUCAACGAGCUUAUUGAGAGAAUGAACAAUACUGUGCUCUCUACUAGCUCGUCGCGGUUGCUAUUCAAGGCCCUUAAGCUCUCUAUUCCUAUUCUUCACACUCUCCCGCCCGCCUCCGACGGCCGGUCUCCUCUUGAAAAGGCCUUUUCUAUUGCUGUCAUCCUUGCCGAUCUUCAGAUGGAUGCUGAGGUUAUUUCUGCUGGAAUGCUGAGAGAAGGUAUAGAAGGAGGUGCCAUAUCCAUAUACGAAGUAAAGGAUCGUAUUGGUAUUGGCACAGCCCAUCUAUUGCAUGAAAGCAUGCGUUUGAAAAAUGUUUCUUCUAAAGUGGAAGUACUAGAUGAUGAGAGUGCUUCUGCACUGAGGAAAUUUUGCCUGACAUACUAUGAUAUUAGGGCUAUAGUGCUAGACCUCGCUCUAAAACUUGAUACAAUGAGGCACCUGGAUUAUCUCCCCAGGUACAAGCAGCAAGUAAUUUCUCUUGAGGUUAUGAAGAUAUAUGCUCCACUAGCACAUGCGAUUGGAACCAAUAUUUUAUCCCUGGAACUGGAGGAUCUCUCAUUCCAGUACCUUUUUCCGUGUUCCUACCAGUAUGUUGACGCAUGGUUGAGGAGCCACGAGACUGGAAGUAAGCCUUUAAUAGAUGUAUACAAGGAGCAGCUUCUUCAAUCCCUAAGUUCUGAUCCCUUUCUAGCAGAAACAGUAGGAAAUAUGUCUAUUGAAGGUCGUUAUAAAAGUCGUUACAGUACCAUGAAGAAACUAUUGAGAGAUGGACGUAAACCAGAGGAGGUGAAUGACAUCUUAGGAUUAAGAGUAGUAUUAAGUCCUUCAUCUGGAUUGAAUUCAUCCGGAGAUAGUGAAAAAGCAUGCUACAGGGUACGAGAAAUCAUCCAAUCUGUAUGGAAAGAACUGCCUAGCAUGUCUAAAGACUAUAUUGCACAUCCCAAGGCUAAUGGGUACAGAAGUUUACAUAUGGUUGUUGAUAUUAGUGACAGUUGUAAAACAAGACCACUCAUGGAAAUACAAGUAAGAACAGCAGAGAUGGAUAUGAUGGCCACUGGUGGAACUGCUUCCCAUGCGUUGUACAAGGGUGGGCUUACAGAUCCAGCUGAGGCAAAGCGUCUUAAGGCGAUCAUGAUGGCUGCGGCUGAACUAGCUGCUUUGCGUCUUAAAGAUCUUCCUUCUGGAAAUCCAGUUGGGCUUGAAAUUGAUUGUAGAGAUCGGGUGUUCCGCCUUCUUGACAAAAAUGGAGAUGGUAAAAUCAGCAUUGAGGAACUUAUGGAAGUAAUGGAUGAGCUCGGUGCUCAAGGGGAAGAUGCUCGGGAGAUGAUGCGCCUGCUUGAUGCCAACAGUGAUGGUUCUCUAAGUUCAGAUGAGUUUGAUCUGUUCCAGAAACAGGUUGAAUUGAUGCGUAAUUUAGAAGAUAGAGAUGCUCAAUACAAGACCCUUUUAAACAAAAAACUUGAAAUGGGAGAUAGCAGUGGGUUGAUUCAGGCAUACACUAAAGAACUUGGAGACAGACUUGCCAUGAACUAGUUCUUAUCGGGUACAUUUAACUUACUGCAAAUUACUUGGAGACCAGUUUACAACUCAUUUGUCUUGCUUGUUCUGGUAUGGGUAUCUUCAGAACAUAUCAACCUGUAAAGAACUAUUAUGUAGAGUACUUCUACACUGUAUAAAUAGAACACUGUUUUCUCUUUGUUCUGGAACACUGAUUUUUCUCUCUGAUAUUUUUAAAGCGAGUUAUACGUAAAUAAAUA